ACAGAAUCCAGAAAGCGCGGCGAUGAACUCAGAUAGGUCGCCGCCCCAGAGUUCGUCCGUCCUCCAUCACACGCCCGCUGCAGGAGUCCAUUUUCCGGCCCCUCUCACUGCUGCCGACUAUUCUCUGGAGUCCCACAGCCCGUUGAACGAUCGGAUGGCAAUUCCUGUCACGUAUCACAAUGUUCCACCUACUGCCUCUGCUGCACCGACGUCGUCGCUGCAAGCAUCGCUAUUUGGCCACAUGUAUGGAAAUGAAUCGACGACCCGCACGGGAGGACGAUUUGGAUCUCUCCACGUCGUAAAACCAUCCAAACCUGCAUCCGGCGCCUCGUCUGCACGCAGUUGGAUCACAGUUCCAUGCCAGAACCCAUCGGCGGCGCCGUGCCAUCGCUCACUCCACGUGUGUGCCAUUCACAAGGACUCGAUGUAUGUGUUUGGCGGCUACGAUGGGUCCAACCGAGUCAAUGACUUCUUCGAGUACAACUUCAAGCGAAAGGUGUGGUCCCAAGUAAUGGCGCUGGGAACACCUCCGACGCCGCGUGAUCGCCACGUUGCAGCCGUGCACAAGGAUCGAUUUUACGUGUUUGCUGGCUUUGAUGGCAGCUCGCGGGUGAAUGACUUCAUCGGGUUCAACUUCGUGACGCAGCAAUGGUCGCCUGUGGUCGUCAUGUCUGGGAUGCCACCUUCGCCCCGCCACAGCCAUUCGGCUGUCGUGUAUGACAACUCCUUCUAUGUCUUUGGGGGAUACGAUGGCAGCUACCGCAACGACUUUUACGAGUUCCAAUUUGAAAACGCGGCCUGGUCGACUGUCGCGUCAACCGGCCGUUCCCCGCGCCCCCGGUACCGCGCAUCACUCGUCACGCACAAGACAACGUGCCUCGUCUUUGGCGGUCACGACGGUUCGCGCCAUCUUAACGACGUGAACGUGUUCAACUUUGUGUUGAAGACAUGGACAUUGCUCGUCGUUGAAGGGCCGGCGCCGAUCCCGCGCGACAGCCAUGUUGCUGUCACCCACGGCUGCUCCAUGUACAUAUUUGGCGGGAGCACAGGCAGCGCAAUGAAUGAUUUCCACGAACUCAACUUGGAGUCCAACACGUGGCAACCCAUUGCUUUCAACGGACCUGCACCAGGACAACGUUUCUGCCACGUCGGCUGUGUCUACGAUGACAGCUUGAUCUUGUUUGGUGGCUACGAUGGCUCGAACCGCUUGAACGACUUCAAGGAGUUUCGCUUUGGCGAAGAAAUCGAGCUCGACAUCCCGCCACCAUGCCUCGUCAACGAUCUUCGCGACAUGGUCAAUUCGAAUGUCAUGAGCGACAUUACAUUCAUCGUCGAAGGCGUACCGGUGUACGCGCACAAGAUCUUGUGCGUGCGCUGCAGCUACUUCAAGGCAAUGCUGACGAGUGAGAUGCUUGAGAGUCGUGCGCGAGAAGUGGUUAUAUCCGACGUUCGCCGAUCCAUCUUCCUUGCAUUCCUCGAGUACUUGUACACAGACCAUGUCAAUGUCGACGUGGAGGCAGCCAUGGAACUGUUUGUGGCAGCAGAUCGAUAUGGCGUCGAUCGACUGAAGAAAAUUUGCGAGAGCAAAAUGCUGAGCUCAUUGUGCAUCGAGAACGCUGCAUCGAUUCUGCAUGCCGCCGACGUGCAUUCCGCCACAAUUCUUCGAGAACGCUGCAUUGCAUUCAUGCUGAACAACUUUGACGCCGUGACCAAGACCAAUGCGUUUGAAGAAAUGGGUCGCAUCAACGUCGACUUGGUGUUCGAGCUCCUCAAGCGGCGGUGAAGAGUCCACCCAAACCCGACAAACGAACAUGGGAAGAAUGCAUGACCAAAGCGCCAUUUAUGCCGAUUCAUCAAUGUGUAAUAACAGUGUCCAUAUAUCAACGAUUGUCUGAACCUCCAGCGCUCCACGUUCGUUCAAGACCUAUCCUUCGAGAGUAUCAUGCGCCAUUUUCUAU